AUGGAUGCAGCCGAACUCGAGGCAUUCGAGACGCAGCUCGCGGAUACUGAAAGUGCACUCCGAUCCGAUCCUGACAAUGCCGACCUGAAGGCGUUGCGCGACGAACUGGUCAAUCUCAUCCAGCUGUCCAAAUCCAUCCCCACGGACGAUGCCAACGAACCACCACCGCCUCCUCCCGAACCAAGUCCCCCACCUCCUCCCAGUGCUCCGAGUGGGUCACGUAUGUAUGCUGGGCCAUCUCAACGCUUCACCGUCGGCCAACAAGUAAACGCGCUCUACUCGGAUCGACGCUGGUACCCUGCACGCAUCGUGUCGCUCAGCGGCGAUCCUGCCAAUCCGCUCUGCACCGUCGUCUACACCGGCUACGGCAACUCGGAAACCCUCCCUUCCUCCUCACUCAAACCCCUCCCCGCUCAACCACAAGAUCCCACCCCUCCACCACCACCUCCUCCCUCAGAUUCGGCUCUACCACCACCACCUCCUCCACCGGAACCAAGGCCCCCAGGUCCACUCGACGACAAAGCUCGCAAAAAGAUGCGCACCGAAAAGAAGAUCGCUCGUCGAGAACACCAGUCCGCCAUCGCCCAGGCCAAAGCAACCUCGUGGCAGAACUUCUCGGCCAAAUCCAAGAGCUUGCCCAAGAAUAGCAUGUUUCGCACCUCAGACGACCCCUACGCCCGCGUCGGCAUCUCCAAAUCCCCCAAACCGCCGUAG